CGGCUGGAAACCUUUUUGGCAUGGGAAUUCAACGAACGCUCAAAUUAUAGGCAGGCAUAUCCGUCCGGAGGCGAGCUAUAGCCGCUAUCUUCUCCCGUCGUCUCUUCUUCUCCCGCCGCCUGCAGGCUGCAGCCGCCGCUCGUCUGCGCGACUGCGCGAGGUUCAGUGUCCCGAUGGCGGGGGUGGGGGCUUGCGGGGCGAGGUCGAGGAGGGUCUCCGCCCAGCGCUCCUGGCCUCAUGGCUGCGGCCGCUUCCCCGCCGUCCCAGGGGUCGUCGCGGCGGCCUUCCACCCGGCCGUUUCCUCGGCGGCGUGCAAUGGUGGCCUCCCGCGCGCCCGACCUAAGCCGCAGCCAGAGAGCGCGGUUGAGGAAGGAGACAAGAUGAAUGAGGGCGGAGAGGCGCAAGCGCCCGGCAAUGUCGAUGUUCGCACCUGGGAUGGUCAGGUAGAGAGCAGGGCUUUGCCGCCGGCGUACGCUGCCUUGCAGAGUUGUGCUGUUGCUGCUGCUAAUGCUUCCAUGGAGAAUGGCGGGUUUGUGGCGGAUUCGUUUCUGUUGGAUAGGAAGGGAGGCCGAGAAAGUAGUCAAUUCGUAGCAGACGUAGAGGUUAUUGGCGGUCGGUACCGCAGGGAGAUGAGAAGCCGAGCAGGUGAUGGCAAGUUGGUAAGGAUAGACCAUGGGGGCAGAGAGAAGAGGUGGUUGAUGUCCGUUGUGAAUCCCCCUCCCAAGAGGAGGGAGGUCUCGGCCAUGCGCAGAUUUCCACGUGGCUGCUGGAGAGCUGCUGCUAUCGGCGCCGGCAUUGGAGGUGACGAUGGGUAUGUAUCCGAAGCCACACCGAUCAGUUUUGAGCUUGACUGGGAGAGUGGUCAAUCUGUAAGGGACUUGGAGGUUAUUAGUGGGGAUGAUGGCAGGGAGACAGGAAGCAGAAAGGGUGACGGUGAGUUGACGAGGAAAGAGGAUGGAGCCAAAAAGAAGAGGUGGUUGACAUCCACUGUAAAUCUUCCUCCCAAGAGGAGAGCAGUCUCAGCCAUGCGCAGAUUUCCACUCGGCUGUGGGAGGCCUGCGGUUAGCAGCACCGGCAUGGGAGGUGAGGAGGGCUUGGUAUCGGAAGCCACACCGAUCAGUUUCGCUACUAACCAUGCAUCUGUGGUGGAUGCCUUGCCCACAGUUCCAACUUCAUGUCAUGGUGCUUCUUUAAUGUUAUAAGGGGAGAUGCAUCUAAUGAGGAAAUGCAAAUCAAAGGAGAAGAGGUUGAAAGAGCUACUGAAGCACGCAAUUGUAAGAUCCAGGAGUCUGAAGUCGUCAACCAUGCUGUAGAUGAUUUUGCAGGAGGCCUCCUCGGUAGUGACCAUCUACAACAUGGUGUUAAAAAAAGAUAUACCAAGACAUCGUUCCACUAAGAAAAUGGAUGAGUGAAGACUGAAGACGGAAGUGUGCACCAUUAGUAGCAGGGAGUGGUGAUGUGAGAAGCAAAUGCGAAGGAAGCUUGAGACAAGGUACUCCGAGGAUUCAUGCUAGUGGUCUUGUUAAUGUGAAGACAAAAGUCAAGAGACCAAAGAGUGUCAAGAUGAAUGUGACUUUGCUAGAUGACGUAGGGGUCUUUCAGGAGGGCACGAUGAGAAGCAAGACUUCAAGCACUCAGAGAGCCAUGAUACGCUCAGCUAAACGCGAAGCAAUGCAUGGUUGCUCGUAAUGUUAAGUGUGAUGGCAUCGGCAUGGACCUUUUGAAUAGGUAUGCUAGAGGGUCGAAGUGUAGGAAACACUUUGUGAUCGAUCAAAUUGAAGAAAAUGAUGAUGCAGACCUUACUACUGACAGGACAAUUGUACAAGCAUUGAUGGCUCCAGACAAAUGCCCAUGGACAUAAGGAAGCGUUAAAAGUUGUUGAGAUAUCUCACGAUGUGAAGAAUUGCCCCUCUCCCCCCGAAAUGACCUGCCUUUAAGUCCACACGUGGUUAAGGUGAGGAGGCGACAAGGAAAUUGAAGGUCCGUGAAGGUCUUUGUUUGCCUGAUAUAUAUCAAGGAAAAGAGAGCAUUCCCAUGUGUUUUGAUAAACACAACUGAUAACAUGCAGCCAAUGCUGAAUGCCCCCUGAUAUGGCAGCAUGGUGCUAAAAUUCUGCUGGAAAUAUUCAAGACGGUUUGCAGGUGAGCUAUUACAAGAGUCAGAAGCAGAGAAGUCAGAGAAUGAUGAAGAUGAGGAGCAUCGAAGGGGCUUGAAUCCUUGAUUCCACCUUUGAUAUUUGCUGUUACCAUGAAGAUGGUAAACAUCGAAGGGUCUUGAGUCCUUGAUUCCACCUUUGAUAUUUGCAACAUGCAGUUACGUUGGAAGAUUCAAUAUCCAUAGCUGCUUUGUAAACCAGUAUGCACACUGCACAUGAUGUUCUCUGGGGAGUCGGGGACCGUGGUAAUAAGACAUGCCAAACGUUAUGCGUUUCUCUGAAAAGAAUAUUUUCGACUACAAGAGCGAACUUAUGAUUAUAAUUGUAAAAUAGGUGAUGUCCACUAUAAUGGCAAGGUGGUAAAAGAUUGCUUUUAUAGUUUGUCCAAGUGCCGUGUCAGGCAUUACUAAGGUAUUCGUAGCUGGUGACGGUUAUGUUCAUAUUUCAGAGGAAUGGAGUCCUGUCAGCACAGUGCUCCUUGGUUUUACUCUUAAGGUCACCCUGCACUCUCGCCGAUGAUAUUUUGAAGAAGUAAUGAUGAAGCAACCAGUUACAUUCCACUGUUAUUUCCUUUCAGUUACGAAUUGUACUGGUUAUAGCAUGAGGUUUAACUGUAACUGCCACCAGCGCCAGGGUCCCUCCCUCUCUCUGAAUGCUCAGGACACCGGUUAUCGGCAUGCUCUCAUAGUAAUGAAAAGUUAGUUUGAUGGUCGUGAAGAAAUAAAUGACCUGGAGCAUAUGUUGUGCCGUUGUGGGCAGCUGUCGGCACUGUCGUCCUCAGCCUUCAGGAAGAGCCCAACAUAUGACACUGGAAGCUCGUCCGGCUGAUCAGAUUCUUUAGCAACGCCAAGGCUCUCUCCCUCUCUCUGGAAGCUCCCUCCCUCUCUCUGAAUGCUCAGAACGAUUAAUUGGAUGCAUGCUGUCAUUGGGCAUCCGGUGUUUCCCAUUAGACGAGUUCGGCAAAAUCAAGCAACAUUGUUCUGUUUUUCCUUCCCGCCUUUUCUGUCCACGAAGUAUGUACAGUAAGUCAGUAACUAGUAAAGAUUUCUAUCUAGGAUGCUUCCAGUUGCAUGUUAAAAUCUUCUUGAAUCUUGAUUGCAAUUCUCUGCAGUCAGCAUGUUAUUGGAAAUGGCAUCUCCAUCUCUGUUUCUCCUUCGGGGAGAUCGGGCAACUUCGAGACAACCAUUUACGCAUGGCAACACAUGUAAAAACAAACAACGUGACUAAAAUUUAUCUUAUAUUGCACUUGCUGAAUCACGUUUAACAUACAUUUCGCAGAAUUACAUGCCUUUUGAAAGGCAUCAAGAACAUAAUCAGGUUUGGCAUCUUGCUAGCUUGGUUAGUGUUAAAACGUUCUUCUCGAUAGCAAAUUGGCAGCAGUCAGAAUGUUACUGAAAAUGGCAUCUCUGUUUCUCCAUUUGGGAGAUCAGACAAAAUUGAGACAACCAUUAAUUCACGCAUGGCAAGACAUGUAAAAACAGAAGAUGUACAAUAACUGAUUUAUCUUAUAUAUCACAUGUAAAAACAGAAGAUGACAAUCAUGUUGUUGUUUGACCACUGUUCAACUGCCAUCAUUUUUACACCUAAUGACCAGAUUAUUUUAUCUUAGUUGCCAUGUUGUAUAUAGUCGGUUGCCAUGAUGUUUAACAAUCACUCAAUUGCCAUAUUUUUUACAGGUACUGACCAGAUUAGUUGAUCCUACUUGCCCCAUUGUUUUACAAGAGCUCAACCGCCAUAUUUUACCUCAAAUGACCAUAUUAUUUGAUUCUAAUUGUCAUGUUCUUUUCACCGUUCAAUUGCCAUAUAUCUUUAUCCCCAAUGACCAAAUUAUUUGAUCAUAGUGGCCAUAUUGUUUACCAUCGCUCAAUUGCCACAUUUCCUACACCUAGUGACCAAAUUAUUUGAUCCUAGUUGCCAUGUUAUUUUUAUCACCGCUCAAUUGCCAUAUUUUUUAUUCCUAGUGACUAGAUUAUUUGAUCCUAAUUGUCAUGUUAUUUUACCAUCGCUGCGAUUGCCAUAUUUUUAGUCUAGUGACCAGAUUAUUUGAUCAUAAUUGCCAUAUUUUCUUUAGCAUCGCCCAAUUGCCAUAUUGUGUACACCUAGUGACCAGAUUAUAUGAUUCUAAUUGCCAUGUUCUUUUAUCACCACUCAAUUGUCAUAUUUUUUUUACGUCUAUUGACCAUAUUAUUUGAUGUUAAUUGCCAUGUUAUUUUACCACCGCUCAAUUGCCAUAUUUUUUAUCCUUAAUGACUAGAUUAGUUGAUCCUAGUUGCCAUGUUAUUUUACCGUUGCUCAAUUGCCAUAAUUUUUGUCCCUAACGACCAGAUUAUUGAUCUCAGUUGCCAUGUUGUUUUACCACUGCUGAAUUCCACACUCAGCUUUGUGACAGUUUCAAGAAUGUCCGUUAAAUUAUAUGGUGACGACAUUAAGAGACAUUGGACUGAUCAAUAUAAUGGGUUGUCAAUGGAGAUAGGAUUGUGGUAGUGGCAGUGCAAUGACGGCAAGAUGUGAAUGUGUAUUUGUAUAGAUUGUAAAUUAUGACUUGGUCCUGAUUUGGUGGUGUUAUGUUAUGAUUUUGUUGUA